AUGGGUCUCCCCCCAUACGGCGCGGGCGUCGGCGGGAAGGCCGGGGACAAACAAGUCCGACGCCGCAGCAGCAAAGCCUGCGACCAGUGCAGGAAAAGCAAGUGCAAGUGCGAGCGGAGCAGCCCACAAGAACCGUGUCGGAACUGCGUCAUGCUCGGUACCCAAUGUACCUUUCUCGGGCCUUCGCGCAAGCGCGGCCCCCCCAAAGGCUACAUCGACGCGAUCGAGGCGCGUCUGCAUCAGACCGAAGCCCUCAUCGGCAUCCUCCUCAGCAGCAAGGACAGCCGCGCGAAGGGAGUGCUCGAGGAUCUUGCAGAGGACCCGCUGGCGAAAGAAAUCAUAAACCGUGUCGACAACUCGCCGUACGGAUACAAAGGGCGCAGCCGCGGCGCGGAGGCGCCGACGAGUCGCGCGCGACCUCCUCCACCGCCAGAGCAGCGCGACGGCAACGAGGGUAAUGUCGUGCACGCGACGCACCCUUCGAACGAAUGGCAGGAUCAGGUUAUCAGUCGGUUGAACACUGCGGCGGCAACGCGUAACACCCUCCUGCCCGACGGCCAAGUCGCCUCGACGAGCACGGAAGGGGACGACACCAUCUCGCCACCUUUGAGCGCGCUCCCCCCGUCUGGCACGAGUGCAUCUGCGCGGAAGGAGGCCGACAGCCAGGCAGCGAGCAGCGACGGGCGGAGACAACGCAGACGUCUCGAUGGGGACGGUGCUGUGCAACCGGAGAUUUCGCGGCGCUCGACGUCAUCGGCAUCGUCGCGCUCUCCGAUACGCCACGGCGCCGCCGGGGAGGAGAGUAUGGAGGAGACGGACGAGAGUGGGGAGGACGAGAUGGCGGUCGCGGUGGGGCAACUGAGCUUGAACGAGGACGAGCAGGUGCGGUUCCAUGGGAAGAUGAGCGGGCUGCAUCUGCUCGGAGUGAAGGAAAGGCAGGACGGACGGAACGAGGGCGGACUUUGGCGGUUCCCCAAGGCGAGAGUUUGGCCCCCCUUGCCGCCUUCAGCACGCGCCUCCCAACGGCAGUCCGAGGACUUCGCGCCUCGGCUGCCCGAUCUCGCGACCCAGGAGCUAUUGCUCGAGUUGUACUUCACCUACGUCCACCCGGUACUCCCGAUAGUCCACAAGCGAACCUUCAUGGACGACUUCCGCAAUGGGAACAUGUCCUCGGACUCGCCCUACUCAGGGGCCGAGUCCGUCUACUCGGACGCUGCGUCCCCGGUUUCCGCGUCGUCCCCGCACAGGUUGUCGAGGCGGCGCGUACCGACCCUCCUGCUGCUCGCAAUGUUCUCCCUCGCGGCGCGCUACUCCUCGCGCACUGCGGCGCCCCCACCAGAAGACGGCUCGAUGUGGACCGCUGGCGACGAGUACAUGGAGGACGCGAAGGUGAUUCUCGACCGCACCUACGCCGCGUCGCGGCCCAGCACCUGCCAGGCGCUCCUCCUCCUCGGCUACCGCGAGGUGGGAAUCGGCGCGAUGGCGCAGGCGUGGCUCUACGUCGGGAUGGCCGUCCGGAUGGCGCAGGACCUCGGGCUGCACAAGAGCGCGGAGAAGUGGACGAGCGUCGGCCGGAGCCUGUUCUCGCGCGCGGAGCUGCAGGAGCGGCGGCGGAUCUGGUACGGGUGCGUGGUGAUGGACAAGUACGUGUGCACGUACAUCGGGCGCCCGGUCGCGAUCUUCGAGCGCGACUUCGACACGGAGCUGCCCGUCGUGGAGGAGGGCGAGGAGACGGAGCUGUGGAGGCCGCACCCGGCGCCGCAGGUGUUCGACGCGGAGGACACGGAGCGGCGGAAGCGCGAGGUCGUGCCCGCGCCUGGGUACGUCUUGUCGUGUUUCGACGAGUCGGCGAAGCUUUCGCUGGUGUUGAGUCAGAUAUGCCAGAGCAUCUACGCGAUUAAGCCUGCUGUGAACCGGCCUUCCGAGCUUACUCGGCUGGAUAGCCAGCUGACGAAGUGGUGCCUCGAGCUGCCGGAGUCCUUGCGGUUCGACCCCGCGUCGCCGAAGAACCCGCCACCGCCGCCACACAUCCUGACGCUGCACAUGCAGUAUUGGUGUACGGUGCUCCUGCUCCACAGGCCGUUCAUUCGACACAUCCAGGAUUCGACCAAGUUGCUGUCGCCCAGUGCGUCCUCCGCAAGGGAGGCCAACAUCCAGGUCACCUCGCGCCAGCACUACGACAUGUGCGUGCAAGCGGCGAAUCAUAUCUCUCGCAUCGCCUCCGUCUACUGCGAUGCCUACUCGCCGAAUCGGGCAUCGGUCUUCCUCUGCUAUUACGUCUUCACCGCGGCUAUAAUGCAUGUCGCUACACUGCGGACAUAUCCCGAUGACCCGCAAGGUCAAAGCGGACUUGACAAAUGCAUGGACAUCCUCAAACGCAUGAGUGUCAUCUGGCCCAGUGCCUGGCGCGCCUUGGAGCUCCUGACAGGUGCCAAACUCCAGCUGGAUCGCCCGUCGGAGCUCCCCAGCUUGCGCAACGUUUCGGAGCCCAGACACAAACGCACAGCUUCGGACUCCGUCGAUUCGGAGGAUGUCACUGUCACAGACCGUUCCCGGAUCAUCACCCAGGAUCACGCCUACCGUCAGCAGGCCAACUACCCCGCCAUAUCGAACACCAGCCAAGGCCACGCGUCCGCCCCUGCGCCAAGCCACGCUCAGCAGAGCUACUCGCUAUCGCUGGAGAUGCCACCAAGCAGCGGCUCGUACCUGCAACCGUCGUACGACCGCUGGCCGACAGACUCAUCGUCGCUCGCGAGCUUCCCUUCCAGCAUCUCGACAUCGGUGCUGCCGCAGACGUACAGCACUGGGCUCGUCGACGAGCGCAUAGGGUCGAGCUUGGGCCGGAGCUCGGAACGGCAGAGCCAGCGGUACCCGCAGUACUGGAACGACUACUCGGCGCUCGGCCAGAUGGAGACCAACUACAGUGUGCCUGUUACGAGCGAGAUCGUGUCUCAGCACGGAGGCGCGCAGCCUGGGACAAGCGACCACCACGGGCACCAGCAGCCGAUGUACGACCAAUACUCCAUGUUUGGUGAGUUGCAAUUCUGGCGCUUCAUGCGGGACAUCUCGUCUGACAAACAUGCGCAAUCAAUAGGAAACAUGCCGCCUUCGAACCUACAAUAA